CUAUUAUCUGAAAUUUGCCAAUUUAUCGUGGGAUAAAUGCAUUGGAGUAUGUACCAACGGAGCUCCUGCGAUGACUGGUUCAGUCGAAGAUUUUAUUUAUUUUGCCAAGAAAAAAAAUGAAAAUAUAAUUUUCAUCCAUUGUUUCCUACAUAGAGAAGCCCUUGUGAAAAAAACGUUGGUAGGUGAUUUAAGGAAAGUUUUUGAUCAAGUUGUGAAAGAGAUAAAUUAUAUUAAAAAUUGUUCACUAAAGUCAAGGUCGUUUGAAAAAUUUUGUGAAGGUAUGGAUUCCGAUAACUCAAAGUUACUUUCUCACAAUGCAAUAAGAUGGUUAUCAAGAGGCCGGAUAUUAUCACGUUUUUAUGAUUUGAGUGAAGAAAUAAUUGUAUUUUUAACAAAAGAAGAAUCGAAAUUCGAGUUUCUCGAAGAUGAAAAGUGGUGGACAAAAGUUUCUUUUUUAACUGAUAUUUUUGAACUUUUGAAUAAAUUAAAUAUAAGCAUGCAAAGUCGUAAUGAAAAUAUUCUAAUAUCUUCUGACAAAAUUAUGGCUUUUAAUGAAAAAUUAACUCUGUGGAAAACUCAAGUUGACCAAAAAAAAUUGACAAUGUUCCCACGAAUUGCAGAGCGAAAUGUAGACGCUAUUCUUGUAUCGUUAAUAAAAGAAUCUAUCAUGUUACUUAGUGACAAAAUGACGAAAUAAUUUUCCAGCAUAAAUGUUGAAGACUAUGACUGGGUGCGGAAUCCAUUCAGUGUAUCAGUUAACGAGGUGAUUGGUUUGACAUUCGCCGAAGAAAACAAUUUUAUCUCGCCGAAAAAUGAUCGAACAUUGAAGUUAAAAUUUAAAGAAAUAACCGUUAAAAUUUUUUAGAUACAUGCUGAAGCAGAAUUUCCUGAAAUAUCUAUAAAAGCAAUAACAAUUUUAUUACCAUUCUCCACAUCGUAUUUAUGGGAACAAGGAUUCUCAGCAGUCACAACAAUAAAAAGUAAAAAAAGAGAAUGACUUCGAUCCGUUGAAAAACUGAGAGUGAGCGUGUCGACAGUUCGUUCUCGAAUAAAACACUUGUGCACUAAAC